UGGGAAUUUGUUCUUCUUUUCUGGCAUCGGAGGAGGCGGCCAAGCUAACGUUCCCUUGGAUUCUCCUGGUUUUCCCUUGGAUUCUCCUCUUUCGGGAUCGGAGGAGGAGGUGGGAAGGAUGGGGAGAAUGGCAAGGAGUUUCCUGCAAUCCCUGCUGAAGCUGGUGAAUUCGGUGAUUGGAUUGGUGGGGAUGGGGAUGAUCCUUUACUCUUUUUGGAUGCUCAGGGUUUGGUUCCGGCAGGUCGGUACCUUCUGGGCCGCCGGCCCCGGGUCCACCCCUCCAUGGUUCAUUUAUACUUUUCUAGGUCUUGGAGUAACUUUUUGCUUGAUAACUUGCUCUGGUCAUGUUGCUGCAGAAACAGCUAAUGGUCAUUGCCUUUCUUGUGUAUCCUUUUUUCAGGAAGUUAAUUUGAAAUCCUUAUGAUGUUUAGCUGGAAUAUACUUUGAAUAGACCAUAAGAUUAAGCUUUAUCUUUGUUUCUACAAUUGAGAAGAAUCAUAUUUUUAGUUAGGUAGUUUCA